AGUAAGCUUCUUCAAUAUUCAAACACAGCCAUGGCUUCUCUUUCUUCUCUUAACUCUAUUUCUACUGCUUCAACUAAGUCUCUAUUUGCAAGCCAUGAUAGUUCCUUUCAAAAGAAAACACAGAUUUCUGUGGUUAGGAAACCGAAACAUAGUCAUGUUACGGUAGUUCAAUGCAGAGCUGCUAACAAUAAAGAUCGUGAUCGUGAUAAUCAUGAAAUGGAAACUAGCAGCUUCGUUGACAGAAGAAAUAUGCUUCUUGGUCUAGGAGGUUUAUAUGGUGCGACAACAGCUGGGUUUGGUGCUGACCCUAUGGCAAUGGCAGCUCCAAUAGCUCCGCCCGAUUUAUCAAAAUGUGGUCCAGCAGAUAUUCCGCCUGGUGGAACACCAACAAAUUGUUGUCCACCACCGAACACAAAAAUCAUCAACUUUCAAGUACCAUUGAAAGCUACUCCUCUUAGGACUCGCCCCGCUGCUCAUUUAGUUGAUAAGGCUUAUAUUGCGAAAUAUAACAAAGCCUAUCAACUUAUGAAAGCUCUACCCGAUGAAGAUCCACGUAGCUUUAAACAACAAGCUAAUAUCCACUGUGCUUACUGUGAUGGUGCUUAUGAUCAAGCUGGUUUUCCUAACUUGGACAUUCAAGUUCAUAACUCAUGGUUGUUCUUUCCGUUCCACAGAUAUUAUCUUUACUUCCACGAGAAAAUCUUGGGUAGUUUAAUCGGUGAUCCUACUUUUGCUUUACCUUUUUGGAAUUGGGAUUCUCCUGCUGGUAUGAAAAUGCCUUCCAUGUAUGCCAAACCAGAUUCUUCUCUUUAUGAUACAAUCCGUGACGCUAAACAUCAACCACCUUUUCUACUCGAUUUUGAUUACAAUGGUGUCGUUGAUGCCAAUCUCCCUGCUAAGCAACUAUAUACCAAUAACCUUACUACCAUGUAUCGUCAAAUGGUAUCUGGUGGAAAGACAGCAACACUUUUCCUUGGAACGCCAUACCGAGCCGGUGGAGCACCGAAUCCUGGUGGAGGAACACUUGAGAAUGCUCCACAUGGUGCUGUUCAUAUUUGGACCGGAGAUAGAAACCAAACUAAUAUGGAAAACAUGGGUAAUUUCUAUUCUGCAGCUAGGGAUCCAAUCUUUUUCGCUCAUCACUCAAAUUGUGAUCGGAUGUGGACCAUAUGGAAAACUUUGGGAGGAAACCGAAAGGAUUUCACUGAUCCUGAUUUCUUAAAUGCUGCUUUCCUUUUCUAUGAUGAGAAAAAACAGCUCGUGAGAGUCACGGUUAAAGAUUGUUUGGAACAAGAGAAUUUAAGGUACAAGUACCAAGAUGUAGAAAUUCCAUGGCUCCAAACAAAACCCAAAACUCCUAAAACAAGAAAGGUCGAGAAGAACAUAGCAAAUAAGAGAUCAGUGGAGAAAACGGCAAAGAAGACAUCAGUGGGUACGACAGAAUUUCCCAUACUACUCGAUAAAAAAGUACAGAUCAUGGUUAAAAGGCCAAAAACAAAAUCACGAAGCAAGAAAGAAAAAGAAGAUAAAGAAGAGAUAUUGAUUAUAAGCGGGAUUGAACUCGAAAGUGGUGCUCUUGUGAAGUUUGACGUCCUUAUCAAUGAUGAAGAUGAAGUUGGUCCUGAAUCAAGUCACUUUGCAGGUAGUUUUACUAAUGUACCACAUAAACAUGGAAAGAAUGGCAAGAAAAUCAAGACUCGUCUGAAGUUAGGGAUAACUGAUAUUCUUGAAGAUUUGGAUGCUGAAAAUGAUGAUGGUGUUCUGGUUACUUUAAUACCGAGAGAGUCAGGAAAUGGAAAACAUGUUGUUACAAUUCAAGGUAUUAGAAUCGAGUUUGAUUAAUCAAUCUGAGAAGAUGUAUGGACAUUAAUUUAUCUUUUAUCUUUAUGUUUAUGUAUUUGUUGUAAUAAAGACUAUUGGUCAAGGUGUAUUUGGGUUUAUGAAUUAAAUAAAAUGUGGUUUUGAGAGAUAU